AAUUGAACCAGAACACCAACCAAACAACCCUCUAUCUAGAAGAUCCCCCCCCCGGUCUUUAGUAAUCUCACCUUCUCUUUCUCCAUAUUGCUGAACCGUAAGAAUAGAUUUCCAAAAUACAAACCUCAAGUUUUGUCGAUCAAGUUCAGGGAGUAAGGCAGAAAAUCUGAUCUGGUAAACAAGGAGAAGAGCUGUCGAAUUGGAAAAGAGAUUCUGCAUGAGCUGGUUGGGAAAACUGGGUUAUUAUCUCGUGUCGUCGAACUCAAACCAUUUCAUAACGUGUCUUUUGAGAUUUAUUCUUCAUUACUCUCCUCAAUUACCUCCUUCCCUUUUUAAUUUCCAAAAUAAAUCAAUUGAACCUUUAUUAUUACUCCUUAUUAGCAGUAAUCUUAAUUUCUUCCUUUUAAAUCCCACUAAUCCUAACUUUAACCCCAUUCCACCAUCAUCUUUCAACGAUCAUGGAUUCUGGAUUCAAGAGUAAUCGCCCUCAGUUACGUAGAGGUUUAUGUUACUCAAACGAGGGGAGGGGGCAAGCAAGAUCUCCGUCAGUGAUAGUGAUAGGCGGUGGAAUUGCCGGAGUGGCAGCCGCACGUGCCUUGCAUGACGCUUCAUUCCAGGUUGUCUUGUUAGAAUCAAGAGACAGGCUUGGUGGUCGAGUUCAUACCGAUUUCUCUUUUGGUUUUCCUGUCGACCUCGGCGCAUCUUGGUUGCAUGGGGUGUGCAAAGAGAAUCCGUUGGCACCGUUGAUUGGGAGGUUAGGACUACCCCUGUAUCGUACCAGUGGUGAUAACUCUGUCUUGUAUGACCAUGAUCUUGAAAGCUAUGCACUGUUUGAUAUGGAUGGGAACCAAGUUCCACAAGAAUUGGUCACCAAAGUUGGCGAAGCAUUUGAGAAUAUCUUAAAGGAGACAGAUAAAGUAAGACUUGAAAACAAUGAAGACAUGUCUAUACUCCGUGCUUUCUCAAUUGUUUUUGAAAGAAGACCAGAUUUAAGGUUGGAGGGGCUUGCCCUUAAGGUGCUUCAGUGGUAUUUAUGCAGAAUGGAAGGAUGGUUUGCUGCUGAUUCUGAGACAAUAUCACUUAAAUGCUGGGAUCAGGAAGAACUGCUCCCUGGAGGUCAUGGGCUUAUGGUGAGGGGCUACCUUCCUGUUAUAAACACUCUUGCCAAAGGUCUUGACAUUCGCUUGAGCCACAGGGUGAAAAAAAUAGUAAGGCGUUAUAAUGGAGUGAAGGUAACAGUGGAAGAUGGGAGCACAUUUAUGGCCGAUGCUGCUGUUGUUGCUGUUCCUCUUGGUGUGCUGAAAUCCAAGACCAUAACUUUUGAACCUGAACUUCCGGAUUGGAAGGAAAAAGCCAUCAAGGACCUUGGAGUUGGGAUUGAGAAUAAGAUUGUGUUGAACUUUGACCAUGUGUUCUGGCCAAAUGUAGAGUUCUUGGGUGUGGUUGCAGAGACAUCUUAUGGCUGCAGCUACUUCCUGAAUCUUCACAAGGCAACUGGUCACCCUGUCCUUGUUUAUAUGCCUGCAGGGAAGCUGGCCAGGGACAUUGAGAAAAUGUCUGAUGAAGCUGCUGCUAAUUUUGCUUUUACACAACUCAAGAAGAUCCUUCCUGAUGCAUCUGCACCGAUUAAGUAUCUUGUUUCUCGGUGGGGCUCAGAUAUCAACUCACUUGGUUCUUAUAGCUAUGAUACAGUAGGCAAAUCCCAUGAUCUGUAUGAGAGGCUAAGGAUCCCAAUAGAUAACCUAUUCUUUGCAGGAGAGGCUACAAGCAUUAGCUACCCAGGGUCAGUGCAUGGUGCGUUCUCGACUGGAUUGAUGGCCGCAGAAGCUUGCAGGAUGCGUGUUCUGGAGCGUUAUGGAGAGUUGGACAUAUUUCAGCCAGUCAUGGGCGAGGAGGCAACGGUGUCUGUCCCGCUCUUGAUCUCCCGAAUGUAAAUUUCUGGGUGACCUGCUUUAUUAGAUGCGAUAAUUCUUGUGUGUGUAAACAUGGCAACUGGCUAACACAUGACCUUUUGGAUUGGAGAUUGUCGUCAAAAAUCAAUCCGUCAUCGUUGAUGGCUGUGUUGUCCCCUUCUAUGUAUACUGGCUGUUAUCUAUGUACAAGCAUAAACAAGAAGAAUCUUGUCCUGUUGUUUAGUGGCACUUGCCUCCAUGGAAGUCUUUGUGUGAGAUGUUAUUCCAAGUGCUUCCCACUCGCUUGGUGGGAAGGGCUCUUAGUUUGCAUAAUUAUUUAAAUAAAAAGGGUCGGUUUUUAUCUC